GAUUGUCCCAUCUCGCCUCUAGUAGGCUGGUGACGUCAUGUGGUUACUGAAGAGCAGGAAGUUGCCAGGAGAGUGAGGCCGAGAGGAAGAUCGAUGUGAUUGAAUUGUUAAUUCGGAAAAUGAGUGGUGGAUUGGCACCUAGUAAAAGCACUGUAUAUGUGUCCAACCUUCCCUUCUCACUCACCAACAAUGAUUUGCACAGGAUUUUUUCAAAAUAUGGAAAGGUAGUCAAAGUCACCAUUUUAAAAGACAAAGAUUCUCGAAAAAGUAAAGGAGUUGCAUUUGUUUUAUAUCUUGACAAGGAGCCUGCACAGAACUGUGUACGAGCACUGAACAACAAACAACUAUUUGGCAGGGUAAUAAAAGCAAGCAUUGCUGUAGACAAUGGAAGAGCAGCUGAAUUCAUCCGGAGGCGUAAUUACACUGACAAGUCCAGAUGUUACGAAUGUGGGGACACCGGUCAUCUAAGUUAUGCCUGUCCUAAAAACAUGUUGGGUGAACGGGUACCACCACAGAAAAAAGAAAAGAAGAGAAGAAAGAAAUCUAUGGAACAGGAGGAAGAAAUCCCAGAGGAGGAACACAGUGAAGAAGAAGAAGGUGAAGACCCAGCCCUUGAUAGCCUGAGUCAAGCCAUAGCUUUUCAGCAAGCAAGAAUGGAUGAAGAGAAGAAUAAGUUUAGCACAGCAGAUGCAUCUACGUCAGGUGAUUCAAGGCGACCCAGAAUCAAAAAGAGUGCUUAUUUCAGCGACGAAGAAGAACUUAGUGACUGAGGUUACUACUAAAAAUGUUACAGUCGCUUGUAUUACUCGGCCUAGAUCUUUGCAGAAGAAGGCAUCACUGAAUUUUUAAAUUAUAUGAUCUAAUAUUUUUAUAUUUUGUUUAACUUGCAUAAGACCUUUAAAAAUGGCAAAAAUA